AUGGUCAAACCCACAAAUCAAGCCAUUAUGUUGCUGCCUAUCACAGAACACAUGUAUGGGAGAGGGAUUUUUCAUGGCCUGUGUCAUCCCCCUCUAUCUUUAUUUCCUCUUCUCCUUCUGUCCUUUUUGCCCUCCGUCACAGUUAGUAGCGUGCCAGGUUUGGAAUACGACUGGGGAACACAACCCAAACUUGUUUGCAUCCCAAUCCCUGCGGAUACAGACCCGAGCUGUUUCACACCGCCUGGGGCUGCCCAUGGUCCCAGUAGCAAUGACCAUGGGAAUGGACAUGGGCCCAACAGCAAUGGCCAAGGUAAUGGACAUGGGCCCAACAGCAAUGGUCAAGGGAAUGGACAUGGGUCCAACAGCAAUGGCCACGGGAAUGGACAUGGACUUAAUAGCAAUGGACACGGAAAUGGACAUCAUGGGCCAGUUAGCGGAAUGCCAAAUAGUCACACCAGUAGUAGUAGCCGACAUGGCAUAUCUGAUGCGGCCAAAGCCACCAUCCUUCACCUGAGGGAGAGCCUUGUACGACAGAAGGAAACCAUCCUGGAUCAGCGAGAGACCAUCCGGGAACUGACAGCAAAACUGACCCUCUGUGAGAGCUUUGGAAGAGGGCACCAUGAUGACAACCAUCAGGGCCCAUCGAACCACAACUCCCAUCAUUCCUCCCACCACUAUGACAGCCACCCUGCUGAUCCACACUUCCCUUUAAAUGGGCAUCGCAAUGACCAUCAUAGAGGCAAAUCCCCAUAUCUAGGCACACAUGGAGGCUUCUCGACUGAACAAACAGGAAGGACUCUGCAGGCUUUGAAGGAGAGGCUGGAAAAUCUGCAGACAAGAAAUUCUUCCAGCUCCUACUCUAGUUCAUUGAAAGAUCUUCUGCAACGCAAAAUCAGUGUACUUGAAGAGCUGCUCCACCGUCACCAUGACAGUCACCACAACACUGGUCACCAAGACAGCCAUCAUGGACAUGAUGACCACCGUAAUAAUCCCCACAGCAACCAUCACGAUGAUCACCACGAUACCCACCAUGCAAGCCAUCACGAAGACCAUCACCAUGACAACCAUCAUAACAGCCAUGAUGACCAUAAUGAUGAUCACCAUGAUGACAGCCAUCAUCGCAACGGUCAUCACGAUGAUGUGCAUCAAAGCAACGGUCACCAUGACGACGGACACCAUGGCAGGGAAGACCACUCUCCACAAAUCCCAUACAAACCAACUGGCUCAAGAGCACCAGUGCGUGGAACCCACACCAAGCUCGAAACGGUGCUUAGCAAUCUUCACAAGACUCCAGGAGCAGGCCCAAGCAAGAAGCCCAAGAAUCCCGAUGCCUUUCAGAUUGGCUUCCCAAUGCGCACCAACUAUAUGUACGGCCGAAUCAAACGCACACUUUUAAACGAGAUCUUCGCUCUGACGGUCUGUCUUUGGCUCAAAGGAGGCUCGGGACCUGGGAUCGGGACUCCGUUUUCCUACUCUGUCCCAGGACAAGCCAACGAGCUCGUCCUUAUUGAGUGGGGCAACAAUCCCAUGGAGCUCCUAGUCAAUGACAAGGCUGUCACACUUCCUAUUUCUCUGUCGGACAGUAAGUGGCACCACCUCUGUGUAACGUGGUCCACACGUGACGGCAUGUGGGAGGCUUAUCAGGAUGGCGUGAAAAGGGGCUCUGGGGAGAAUCUGUCUCCUUGGCAUUCAGUUAAACCAGGAGGAGUCUUUAUCCUCGGACAGGAGCAGGACACUCUCGGUGGACGUUUUGACGCCACACAGUCUUUUGUGGGCGAAAUGUCAGAUCUGCAGCUGUGGUCACGUGUACUCACUUCUGCCGAGAUCUACAACCAAGCCUCCUGCUCCAGCCACCUCACCGGUGAUGUCAUCACCUGGAGUGAGUCUAUGGUGGAACUCCACGGGGGUGUAACAAAAUAUCCAUUUGACCCGUGUCAUUAG